UUCCCUUCUUUCUUUCCUCAUUUCUCAUCUCUCUUUCCUUUCUCUUGGUCUUAUUUAUAGGCUGAGAAAGGAUACCCGUGAGUGUACCCGUGAGUGUGCAGGUGAUAAGCUUCCAAAAUAUUUUGUUUAAUUUCUUUGUGGGCCCCAUACAUGUGGGCUCCGCAUGUUUAUUCUUUACAACAGUACUAAUCCAACAUAUACCAAACGCAGUACAAGUGUUAUCCAUCUUAGACCAAACCAAACUAAUCCAAGACAGUCCUGUUAUUUAGUCCUCCUUCGUACCAAACUACCUGAGUGUCUUUCCUGUCUCUCAGUCUUCCUUGUUUUCUCUUUCCUUCCUCUCUUCUUUCAUUGUGUCUUCUUCCCUCUCUUUCCAUGCACGGCCCCAUCCUUCUCCUCUCUGGCCAAAGGCCAGAGCUCAAGAAAUCAGAAAGCUUCAGGCUUCGUUUGGUAUCUGAUUUUCAUACAGUUUUUCCAUUUCAGAAACGGCAAGUCUUAUACAUGUGUUGAUCCGAGUGUAACCAGCGCCGACGUGAUACUUCUGGUCACUCUUCUCCGACCCAAUUAGCAAUCACUAAGGAUCUUGGAUUUACAAUAAGUCUCUGAAGCAGAGAAGCCUAAUAUCUCCAGUGAUGGGGAUGCUGCCAAUUCAACCCCUGAAGUAUAUCCUUCAUCUUGCUCGCCUAAAUGCUCGUUAUAUAUCAUCAACACAUGAAAAUCUCUCAACAAAGCUCAUUCUCUGCCACGACCCCUCCCUACAACAAUCUUACAUGGAAUUGUCACAGACAUUCUACGAAGCCAUGAAAGCUUGUGCAUCUCUCAAGUCAAUACCCAUUGCCAGAAAACUCCAUGCCCAACUCAUUUCCAUAGGAUUGGACUCUGCUAUUUUCCUCCAGAACAAUCUCUUGCACAUGUACUCUCAAUGUAGCUUGAUAGAAGACGCUCGUCGGAUUUUUUACAGUAUUCAGCAUCCUAAUGUGUUUAGUUGGAAUACUAUGAUCAAUGGAUUAGUAGAUUUGGGUCAGAUGAGGGAAGCAAAGAUCUUGUUCAAUGAAAUGCCUGAGAGAGACUCUGUCUCUUGGACUACAAUGAUGUCUGGCCAUUUUAAUAAUGGGCAACCAGUGGAUGCAAUUAAAGUAUUUGCUGCAAUGGUUCAGAAUUGUGAGAGUUUUUCCGACCCAUUUUCCUUCUCUUGCGUAAUGAAGGCUUGCGGUAGUCUUGGCAACAUCAAAUUGGCUCUUCAGUUGCAUAGUCUUGUGGAGAAGUUAGAAUUUGGAAACAACAUGACUAUUCAAAAUUCGAUUAUCGAUAUGUACAUUAAGUGUGGUGCAUUGAGUUCUGCUGAGAAAAUGUUUUUGAGGAUCCCAAGUCCUAGUUUGUUUUGUUGGAACAGUAUGAUCUUUGGUUACUCUAAACUUUAUGGGGUUCAGAGGGCUCUUCAUAUGUUUUUUCAAAUGCCUGAACGUGACUGUGUGUCUUGGAACACCAUAAUUUCAAUCUUUUCUCAGCAUGGGUUUGGGGUUCAGAGUCUCAGUAUGUUUGUUGAGAUGUGGAACCAAGGUUUUAGACCAAAUUCUAUGAUAUAUGCCACCGUACUUAGUGCAUGUGCAAGCAUAUAUGAUCUGGAAUGGGGUACCCAUUUGCAUGCUCGGAUCAUCCGUAUGGAACCAAGUCUUGAUGUCUUCGCAGGUAGUGGACUGAUUGAUAUGUAUGUGAAAUGUGGACACUUGCAUUUUGCACGGCAGGUGUUUAACAACAUGACAGAACACAACGCAGUUUCUUGGACUUCUUUGAUCAGUGGAGUUGUGCAGUCUGGACUUGAGGACGAAGCUUUAGUACUGUUUAACCAAAUGAGAAAGGCUCCUAUUUCCUUGGAUGAGUUUACUCUCGCAACAGUUCUUGGGGUUUGUUCAGGCCAAAAGCAUGUUUUAGUUGGGGAACAGCUUCAUGGAUAUACAAUCAAGGCUGGAAUGAUCUCUUCUAUUCCUGUAGGGAAUGCUCUUGUUACGAUGUAUGCAAAGUGUCAAAAUACUCAUAAAGCAAAUCAGACAUUUGAGUUGAUGCCAUUCAAAGAUAUAAUAUCAUGGACAGCAAUGAUCACGGCAUUCUCUCAAGUUGGUAAUGUUGAAAAAGCUCGAGAGUAUUUUGAUAAAAUGCCACAGCGGAAUGUCAUAACUUGGAAUUCAAUGUUAGCAACAUAUUUUCAAAAUGGUUUUUGGGAAGAAGGCCUAAAAUUGUAUAUUCUAAUGCGAAGGGUAGAGGUUAACCCUGAUUGGGUCACCUUAGUAACUUCAAUCAGUGCAUGUGCUGAUUUAGCAAUAUUAAAACUUGGGAUCCAAAUUAUAGCUCAAGCUGAAAAAAUAGGGCUUGGUUCUAAUGUUUCUGUCACAAAUAGCAUUGUUACUUUGUAUUCACGAUGUGGGCGAAUUGAAGUAGCAAAAAGAGUGUUUGACUCAAUAUGUGACAAAAAUUUGAUUUCUUGGAAUGCAAUUAUGGCAGGAUAUGCCCAAAAUGGUGAAGGUAGGAAAGUGAUUGAGAUUUUUGAGAAUAUGUUGAAAAUGGACUGCACACCUGAUCAUAUAAGUUAUGUAUCUGUUCUAUCAGGAUGUAGCCAUUCAGGGCUCGUAAUAGAGGGGAAACACUACUUCAGUUCCAUGACUGAAGAUUUUGGCAUCAAUCCAACAUGUGAGCAUUUUGCUUGUAUGGUAGAUCUACUUGGCCGGGCGGGGUUAUUAGAGGAGGCUAAGAAUUUGAUUGAUACAAUGCCCCUUAAGCCAAAUGCUGCUAUAUGGGGGGCUCUGCUUGGCGCAUGUCGGGUUCGUCGCAAUUUAAAGUUAGCAGAAGUUGCAGUGAGAAAUUUGCUUGAAUUAGAUAUAGAUGAUUCUGGGAGUUAUGUCCUUCUGGCUAAUACAUAUUCUGAUUGUGGAAAAUUAGAAGCUUUUGCGGAUGUGAGAAAAGAGAUGAGAAAGAAAGGAAUUGAGAAAAAACCUGGUUGUAGCUGGAUAGAGGUUAAUAAUAGGGUACAUGUGUUCACUGUAGACGACAGCCAUCAUCCACAAAUGAAGGACAUUUAUAGAAUACUUGACGAGAUAAUUAAGAAGAUAGAAGAUACCGGUUGCUAUGUCAAUCCAAUUAGCUCAUUUCUUUCUCAGUGUUAUCACAGAGAAAAGCUUGAUGUCGCUGUUGAGCUGCUUAGAGUGCCUGCUUGAUGCCUAUCUGCAUAAUGUGAAACCUUCAAGUUUCCCAUGAUUGUCACUUGGUAAUGAAGCUGAUUUCCCUUGAUACCUCAAAGGGAGCUUAUAGUGCUGGAUAGGUACCGGUUUCAUCAUUUGAAAGGUGGAUUUUGCUCCUAUGGAGAUUAUAUGUGAUCUCAGAAUGUGAUUCUCUAGCCUUCACCUUGAAGGCACGACAGACGUAAUGGAUAGGUUCAUAAUUUUAUAAGAGUCUGCUGUAAGCUGACAAAGUGAUGGCUCAUUUGACGAGUUUCUUUAUCAGCGGUGACAGUGGUCCACAUGUUCAGCAUUUAUUUGAUUGCCCACGUAAGCAAACUAGAUGGUAUGUUGCUGCCGCCCACACCCAACUGCAUGUUCUUAUCUUGCAGUCAGUCUUAGUCUUUGCUUCUUCUGAUGCAUUGUUUUGUCUCACGGUAUGCGUUGAAAUUCAGUAAAUAUUUUUCAUCUAGAACUCAGCAUAUGAGGUAUGCCAGGUAUAAUGUAAUCUUGCCUUUGUUGAUUUCAUAUUGCAGAAACUUAUGUGCUGGUGCUAGUUGAUGCAAUUUUGAAUAAUUAAUAGAGCCCCUAAUAUCCACAUUUCAGUUCCACCUUCAUCUGAUCCACAUGGGCACUGAGCCCUCUGAUUUGCUUGACUUAUGAAUGGAACAUUUAUAUUUUUCAAGCAACAUUUUAAAGGUCCCACCCAUUAAUGGGAAUUUCUCAUGGUUUUUUUUUUUC